CACUGACUUCGAGCAGCUGAUAACCCUAUUUCUGAUUCAGCCAAAUAUCAAGUAAACAAAGAGCUUAAACAUUUACAGAAAUACAAUGUCCAAGCCAUCAAAAUCGGGUAAAGCGGGUGACGGAAGUGCUCCCGCAUACGAUAACCACAAUUUUGGCGAUGCUAUGGCGAUGAGAGCUCCACCGCCGACCUACGAGGAGAGCCAGCGCAGCGGCGGUGCCUAUGGGUAUCCACAAGGAGAAGUUGCUUCUCCCAGCCAGAAUCAGUACUACGGUAUGAUUAGCCACCAUCAGCAGCAGGUGCCCUUUAAUGGACAGCCGAACUACGGCAUGCAUAAUGGCACUGGCUACGGAUUAGCUGGGCCCAGCACUUCAGCCGGAGCCGCUGCAAGACAGGUCCUCCAGUUGGACUCGCGUGCCGAGAUAAGGACAAAUGCCGCUGGAAAUGUGGUCGUUCCACCUCCGCCACCCGGAUGCCUGCCCACUCCGGGUCAAUGGGCGGCAAUGCAGGGCCAGCCCGUGGUCCUGAAGCAGAAGAAACGUUCCUUUUUCUAGAUUGCACUAUGCUUACUAUUUACUCGAAUAUAUUUUCCCUAUAUUGGCCCCUUUUAUGUUAUAAUAAAUAAACGUUGCGAUCCGUUUCGUUUCGUCCUCGCGUAUA